AUGUCUGUAGCAGGAAGCUAUGCCGAAAGGGCAUCCACGCACGCUUCGCCUGUGGCGGCGAAAUUGUUCCGGAUCAUGGAGCAGAAGAAGACGAACUUGUGUGCGUCGUUGGACAUCACGACAACGGCGGAGUUGCUGGCGGUGUUGGACAAGGUGGGGCCGUACAUCUGUCUGGUGAAGACGCACAUCGACAUUGUGUCGGACUUCACGUACGAGGGGACGGUGGUGGCGCUGAAGGCGCUGGCGCAGAAGCACAACUUCCUUGUGUUCGAGGACCGGAAGUUUGCGGACAUCGGGAACACGGUCAAGAACCAGUACAAGUCCGGGGUGUUCCGGAUUGCGUCGUGGGCGGACAUCACGAACGCACACGGGGUGACCGGGGCAGGGAUUGUGUCGGGGCUGAAGCAGGCGGCGGAGGAGACGACGGACGAGCCCCGGGGCCUGCUCAUGCUUGCGGAGUUGUCGUCCAAGGGCUCGCUUGCCUACGGCGAGUACACGGCGAAGACGGUGGAGAUCGCCAAGACGGACAGAGACUUUGUGAUCGGCUUCAUUGCGCAGAGAGACAUGGGCGGCCGGGACGAGGGCUUCGACUGGAUCAUCAUGACGCCCGGCGUCGGCUUGGACGACAAGGGCGACGCCUUGGGCCAGCAGUACCGCACGGUGGACGAGGUCGUCAGCACGGGCUCGGACAUCAUCAUCGUCGGCAGGGGUCUCUACGGCCAGGGCAGAGACCCGGUCGAGCAGGCGCAGCGGUACCAGCAGGCGGGCUGGAACGCGUACUUGAAGAAGAUCGGCCAGCAAUGA